AUGCCUCCAGAGAAGUUUUUUCAUCGUGUUCCCAAAACACAGGAGCACUGGAACCUCGCAGUCAAGCAAUCAACACUAAACAAUGACCCACACGCCCAGCAACAAUGGAACUCAGCGUCAAAGCUCAGCAAAGAAGAAUAUCUACUUCUGCGUUGUUUAUGGACACAGCACAAGAAGAAAGACGCUGGCAAGAUGGUCAAAAAGUUUAAAUUGGACCAAUACUACGACGAUGCUGAGACUUGGCUUCAGCAAUUCCCCCCGUCCUUGGGGGCCGGGAUCUUUGAGAUACCGGUGGUUGAGCAGGUCCGGAUUUCCUCGGCGCUACUUGAGGAAGAGGUCAUGAACAAGUCAAAACGGCUGAUUGAUGAGGACUCUGUCAAUAUGAGCCUCGUUGCCUUCCUCAUUGCGCUCGCCUCCAAACAUCCCCUCUUACACAGCCGCUGGACACCCCAUCGGAAGCCAAUCAAGGCUCAGUUCGGCAAUGGUACAGAAAUGGAGGCACAGAUCGACGGCUACUUUGGGGGGAAGAAGAGCCAAUAA